AUGGCCUCAAACUCUAAGGAAGGCAAGGGUUUGGAUCCCCCGCGUGUUGUCUUUCCCGCGUCUCGAGCAAAAUACACGAAAAAGGCAGACAGGGGACGUAAACCGGCGGAAGGAGAGCGGCCGUCGACACCUGUCAUCCCCGCAUCUCGGCAAGCUUACGCAGAGGCGAAGAAAGUUGAAAAAAGCAGUGCCCUUUCACCCAUUGAGAGGAGCCGGCAGCGCAGUGCCAGGAAGAAAGAGCGGCUGCAUACGGUAGGCGCUGUUAGCGGCGAUGCUGCUGUAUCUGAACCUACUGCAGCUGUCGCCGAAGACCAUCCUUCAGCAACACAGCAGACUAGAGGAGAAGCUACCGGUGGUGAUCCAUAUUCUGUUCCAUUGGAAGAUCUAGAAUCAGCAACAGCAUCCGCUGCGAAUGAUGUCUCACUUGUUCCCGAACCUCCCCUCUUGGAAGCCAGGAUAGUAUCCGAGAGAGAAAUUGUGCAGGCCGUGCCUGCUCCGGAUUUGGAUGCAAACAACCAAGAAACAGAAGAUAGGAAGGGGAAAAUUCUGAUCAGUCGUCGCUGGCUUUAUAUACUCGGCUUUAUCUUGUUGGUUGGUGCCACUAUGGCUAUCCUCUUCAUCGCGGGGGCACUCCCAAGUGGCCAAUCCAAUGAUGACAGUGGCACCCCAGCACCUGCAGCAGCGUCCUCGGGGGAAAGCACCGAUAAUAAUGCUUUAUCUACAGCCGUGGACCCCACGGAAGUCCUCACUACUGUCCCUCCAAAGGAGCCAACCGAAGGUCCUGCAAGAGCCUCAUCUCGUGAACCCACCAACAUUCCCACAGAAGCGCCACUCGAGAAUUCGGUCACGGAGCUUCCUACAUUGGAAUUUCUUCCAGACCCUCAAAUUGGAAGCAGCGCCACCAUGUAUGAUGUUCGGUAUGCUGGACGAUUUCAAAUGGUGCAAGAACCAGGAUUUGCUGCCGAUGGUUCAUCUCAAGUGGUCUGUAACAAUACAUGCGCCGGAGAUGCCUGCGAAAAACUCUUCAUCGGAAAUGCUGUCGAGGGCGACUUUGGUGACUUAGCCUUGUUUGGAGAGAUCUACUUCCUAUGCACAGGACCUAGGGUUGUGGAUGCCACUGGUUGGAUGAGCAUGAAGCCCACUGGUCAGGGAUCUUGCAAUACCAGUGCCACCAAUGACAGCAUUGGAGCUGCAUUUGUCACUACUCAACUUGGAGCUUAUGGAGUAGUGGUAGACAAUUAUGUCUUUGACGAUCUCUACUUCGAAUGUAACACUGACAGCAUUUCUGUGAGCAUUGGUGGUGUGUACUCAUGUACUGUUGGAAUCACAUGUAUUGACGAUGCAUGCUCAUUCACCAUCAAGCCACUAAACAUCAGUGCCGACAUUCACCACUUUGCAAGCCAACUCAUUCACUCAAAUGAUGGGAGCCGCAUUCCCAGUGUCCCCAACCCCAUCAAUGGUGUUUCUGUUCUCGGAUCGAGGACUGCAUUGUUCCAAGUCAGUUCGGGAUUCUACUACAAUGAAACUGCCUGCUCUGGAAGAGUUACCGGUCUUCAAAUGACAUGCCUGAAUGGUACCAUAUCUCUCGUGCAGAACCAGAGCACCAUGGUCUGUUCUGUUCAACGCAACAACAUGAUACAGUGUAAUGAAACCAGGACAGCAAUCAACCCAAGAAAUGAAUACUUCCCUAUUCUUCGCUAUGAAUGCACCGCCAUUGAUCAAGUGCCCCAGACAACUGUGGAGAACACAGAUUCAAGCGUUGAAUGUAGUUUUUCUGAGGAGCAAGAAGUGUCCUUGGAGUUGCAAUUGGGGAUCAUUUGCAGUGAUGGGAGCAUUAUGUAUGAUGACUACUUCUACGAGUGUGCUGGCGAACAGAGUACCUUAGUCAGUCGUGAAGGAAAUUUCACGUGUGGCAUUGUUGGUGUUGUCCCUGUGGCUGCUGGGCAGGUUGGGUUUGCAGUGGCUAGUAUUGAGACUGACUUCCGCUGGGGAAACAUGGCUGGAGUCAGAAAUGUGUUUGAGCCGUCAAUGUAA